UUGUUGUUGUUUUUUUUUUUGGGACGGAUGGCUGUGACGCCUCUCUGAUGACAUCACCCAGUCAGUCCCACAUACACACACUGUGUGCGUUCCCUCAGACUAGUUGCGGGAGCGGAGACGCUGCGGAGCACCUCAUCACAUCCUGAGCACCAGCUGCUGCUUCAUUUCGGAGAGACUGUGCGCUUCUAUAGAGCACCAUGAUGGUGAGGCUUGAUGCCCAAAAUGUGCCCGCAAAAAAGAUAGGACUGCUCUUCUUUGCGGCGUCGAUACUCAUCCAACACGGAACAUCAGGUCAGCGGGUGAAGGUGGAUGCAGAAUUGCCCUCGUAUCCUGGCCAGACUGUCAACCUGCGCUGCUCCUUCUCGGACCCAACGGGCAUUCAGCUCACAAUGGUCUCGUGGAGAUACGAGGCAAAUGAUGGAAAGAGUAUGAACAUAGCUGUGUAUCAUCCUUCCUAUGGCCCCAACUACCCUGCCUCGCCGCUGAAGGACAGAGUCCACUUCAAACCCGAUCCACCAGAACUGUCGAGCCCUUCCAUCGAGAUCACUGAUGUCAAGAUGACAGACGAGGGCAAGUACAUCUGCGAAUACGCCACGUAUCCUGAUGGCAACGAUCAGGGGACCACUAAGCUGGUCAUGCUGGCUAAGCCUGAGAACUCCGCCUCUGUCGUUAGGGUGAACGCCGACACUCAGGAGGUCGUGGUGGCCCGCUGCGAGUCCAAAGAUGGCCGCCCAGAAGCCAAGAUCAGAUGGGUGACCACAGCCAACGGCAACUCAACAGAAAAGUCUCAGAAGGGUGCUGAUGACACAGUGACGGUGACGAGUGAGUACCGCAUGGUGCCAACAUCGAUGGACAACGGAAAGGACAUUACCUGUCUGGUGGAUCACAGGACCCAGAUCAAACCUGAGAGCUUUCCGAUGAAACUGGCCAUCCAGUUUCCCCCAAAGGUUGAGAUUAAGGGAUAUGACAAUAAUUGGUACGUGGGCCGUACAAACGCGGUGCUCAUCUGCGAGGCUACAGGAAACCCACUUCCUGUUUCUGUGACCUGGAGAACAAUGUCGGGAGAGAUGCCGGACACCGUGCAGGUCCUAUCCAACAAGCUGAAGGUGUUGAAAGUGGAUGAUUCGGUCAACACCACUUUCAUAUGCGAGGUCAAGAACCGCAUAGGGACCACCAGGGAUCAGCUCGCCAUCUUUGUCAGAGAGCCUUCAAAGAGCGACUCCAAUGCUGGCGUUGUGGCAGGAGCUGUUAUAGGCUCCCUGCUGGCUCUCCUCUUGGUUGCCGCCCUCAUUGCUGUGCUCAUCACCCGUAGCCGCAGACAGCAGCACGGUUACCGCGCCAACGGUGGCACCGACAUGAAGACGCGCAUAUUUGGUGGCGGCAAGAAGGCGAGCAAGAACGGAACAAGCGGAGGACCUGGGAGCGGUGGUGUCGCAGGUGGUAAUAACAACGGACCUGUCUACAUCGAUCGCUCGCCCAACCAGGGUCUGGGAGAGAAAAACAACCACCAGCAGCCCUUUGCUAUGGGUGCCCGGCCUGAGGUUGUCACCGGAACACUCACCGCCGAGGACAUCCUGCUGCGCAGUGAAUUAGACGAAGCAGAGAGGAGGAAGUUUGACGAGAUGGACGAUGACGAGAGGUACGACAACUUCUCCGGAGAAGGCCCGAUUCUGCAACUGCGCCCGCCCCCCGACCAGGACGACAUGAUUGGAGAUUACAUGGAUGAUGACAUGGAGUCCCAGCGGGAUGGAUCGGUCAUCUCCCGGACUGCAGUUUACGUAUAGAGGAAGAGGAGGAGAGCACAUGGAGGAGGAGUAUGAGAGAAAUAAAAAGUAGGCUUGAGGAUUCCUCUUGAGGAUUGUAUGGCUUUGGGGGUCUUGUCUCUGUCUGAGGAAAAAGAAAAGAGUACCACUUUUAUUUUUGCAAAUUGCUUUUAAAUAUAGCUGAUUAUUAAUCACAGUGCAGCCCCAUAGUGAGCGGGACUGAAAAAGGGCAUAUGGAAAAUAUGUUUUAAGAAGCGUCAACAAAGAAUCAAACUGAGAAAAGUGCAACAUCUCACUCACCGCUUCAGCUCAUGCUCUCCCCAUCACUGGGAUCUUGACUUUCAACUGACAGACUAAAAGAGAAAAUACACAGUGUGGGAGUAGGAAAAUUGAAUCAUGAUUCAAGCUUGGCUAUACAGGCUUUUCACUUGCAUAUUCACUCUUAACUUCACUUAAAAAAAGAAAUACUGUGGUUGUCAAGCAGUUCCAUGUUGCCUGCGACUCAGUCUUCCUGUGGGAAGCCUUUUUGUUUUGGUAAUGUGUUGUGCUGUAACAUCUGGUGUGUUGGUGUUUAAAAAAACAAGAGACCGAAACCAUCAGGUGUAUUAGAGAUGUGAAUGAUGUAUUUACUCGUGCUCACUCUGCUCUCUCUGCCUUACGCUGACAACUCUAAACACACAGCUCUGUAGGUCAUCAAGAGUUUUUGGUCCCCUUUUUUUUAGUUCUUUAUAAAUAGAGAAGUUGAGAAGGUUAUCAUUUGCAACAACGUUUGAGGAAAUUUAGUUUUUUUCUGUUCCUGGAGGUUAGGUUCUGGAUCAGUGAGGUGUGGCUGAUGUGUUAGGGUUCGAGGGAUGAAGAGAAGGAUGCAGGAGGAGCAGAAAUGAGCUUGGCCAUUUCUUUUUCCUCACCCUCAUCUCUUCGGAGCCCUCCCGACAGGAGGAGCUAGAUUGGUAAUGAGCCAUGAAGUUGCUCGCCUAGCUGGGACCAACAAAUUGCAGCCGCUUAUCGUUUAUGAUGUGGCUUUCCCUCUCUCUAUCCCUCCUCCAAUCUCUAUUUUGCUGUCAGAAAGCCCUUCUCUUCCCAUUCUCUCUAUCCUUUAUGGGAAGCCUGGAUUUAUCCGGGGUGGUGUUGAGGUCAUGGCCACUGAAAACAGGGUAUAUUUUACCGCUCCUGACCCGUUUAGAUUUCCCACUUACUCGACUCCAGCCCGUCCUGACACAUCAGGACUGUUUAAUCCACCUGGAGUGGCCACAUCCACCACCCCCUCCUUCCCCCCUUUACUAAAUGGCCGGAUGCAACAGAACCUCCAUAGUGCCGUGGCAUUAGGUAAGACAGAUUUUCAAUGAGGAUCAUAUAUUACUUUCCAUUAGUGGAUGUUAGAUGUGGCAUUGAUUGGAAGACUUAAAAAGGUUUGGUAUUGAUGUGCAAUGUGUGGUGAAAUGACCCUUUAUGAUGCAGGUGCAAGGCUUAUUGUCUAAGCUCUGUUAAUUCAUCCUUUUAAUGAGCCAUCAGGACUUUUUUCUAUAAAUUAUACUCAAUGGCUACUGUACACUGAUGUCUUUGAGGCUCAGUGUACAUUUGCAUGCAUCUGGAAAAUUGUGAUGAGAAGCUCUUCUACUCAUGGGUUUCCCAUCGUUCUUAUUGACUCCCCUUUGACCUCCUUGGAGGAAAAUCCAGUAAGUGUAAUCUCGAUUGAUGUCAUUAGGUCCAGGUGAGAUCUGGGUUGGCUUUUUUGUUUGAAGGUACCAUGUGGUCAAAACCAGGUUGACCUGCCUCCAAGGGCAUGGAUGGGUGUGAUUGCCUUCAUUUGUCAUCAUGGCUCUUUAACCUCAACCUACUGAUGCAGGGGAAAUGCUUCAGUGCAGACUAGGCAUGGACCGGUAUAAGGUUCUCAUGUUAAAACAACUACAGUAUCAGAAUAUUUACACAAAUAAAAAUGUACAACAUGAUCAGAGUUUAUUUAAAGCAAAAAUAUAUUAUUCCUAUUGCUGCUACUAUGCAAACAUCCCCUAUUAAUGUUUAAAAGUGACAAAAUAAUAAUGUAAUAUUCAGAAUCAGAUUCUAUUUUUCCUUCAACUUUUUAAAAUGUUGACAUUUAAAAUUUAAGUUAAUUUUUAUCUUAAAUUAUAAACAUUUUAGAAUGAA